AAGUUAUGCUCGGAGGUUUGCGAUCGCUUCGAGCAUUUUUUUGUAAAAUAGUGAAUUAGUGGUUAAUUUCCUUUAUUAUUCACUUUUAACGUUCCUUUAGCUAGUAGCAAGUAAUAGGAGUUUGAAAAUACAUUCAAAUUAAGAGUCACUUGGGCUUGAGCUGCAACAUAUCGAUUCGGCGUAUAUAACGUACAAAGCUAGGUUAUAAUUAGAUUUUCGGCUUUUUCCACCAGUGUUAAUUUGAAAUGGAAAGCAUGGAUGUCGCUCAAGAAGGUACCUCGGCAGCGUCUACGCCCGUCGUGGAAAACGGGCCCGACAAGAAUGUUACGGCGGAGGAAAUGACUUCAAGAGACUACUAUUUCGACUCGUAUGCCCAUUUCGGUAUUCACGAGGAGAUGUUAAAGGACGAAGUUCGCACACUCACGUAUAGGAAUGCUAUGUACCACAAUAAACACUUAUUUAAGGGAAAAAUAGUGUUAGACAUAGGCUGCGGUACGGGCAUCCUCUCGAUGUUCGCCGCCAAGGCGGGAGCGGCCAAGGUGAUCGCGGUGGAGUGCUCCAACAUCGUGGACUACGCGCGCAAGAUCGUCGAGGCCAAUCGGCUCGAUGACGUCAUCGAGAUCAUCAAGGGCAAGGUGGAGGAAAUUGAGCUGCCGGUGGAGAAGGUGGACAUCAUCAUCUCGGAGUGGAUGGGCUACUGCCUGUUCUACGAGAGCAUGUUGGACACGGUGCUGUUUGCACGUGACAAGUGGCUGCAGCCUGAUGGCAUGCUCUUCCCGGACAGAUGCACCCUGUUCAUCUGCGGCAUCGAGGACCGGCAGUACAAGGACGAGAAGAUCAACUGGUGGGAUGAUGUGUACGGUUUCGACAUGUCCUCCAUUCGCAAGGUGGCCAUCUCGGAGCCGCUGGUCGACGUGGUUGAUGCCAAACAGGUAGUUACGAAUUCGUGUCUCCUGAAGGAAAUAGAUCUUUACACGGUCAAGAAAGAAGAUCUCAACUUCGAAUCUAAAUUCCAUCUGCAAGUCCGCCGCAAUGACUUCAUCCAGGCGCUGGUGACGUUCUUCAACGUGGAGUUCACGAAGUCGCACAAGCGGCUCGGCUUCAGCACGGCGCCCGAGGCGCCCUACACUCACUGGAAGCAGACCGUCUUCUACUUCGAUGAGUACAUGACUGUGAAGAAGCAGGAAGAGAUAACGGGCACUUUCUCGAUGCGUCAGAACGCGCGCAACAACCGCGACCUGGACUUCGAGAUAGAGAUCGACUUCAAGGGCGAACUGUGCCAGGUGCAGGAGAAGAACCACUACAGGAUGCGCUGAGCGCAACCACUACAGAUUUCUGCUAGUGUAGCUUUGGUUUUUAACAUACAUUUUAUGCUAUUUUUAUGUAUUAUGAAGAUAUGGCCAAUAUGUUAUUCUGUAGUAAGGCGAUAGCCGGUGUUCGGUAGUAUAUCUGAUCAGGCUUAACCCUUUAGGCUAAGGGAUAUAU